UCACCUGCAAGACAUGCACAACAUCAGAUGACAAGUGUAGCAGCGGGUCGAGCACAGGGAACGGCACCGUCGCAAUUGACCAAUAAAGUGAUAGCUAUACAACGACCUGGUGGAGGCACGCAACUGAUGAAAGUGGUACGAAGUGGGACACGUCUGCCGGGCACAAUGCUCGCCACUGGUCAUAGUGCAUCCGGAAAACAGCUGCUUCGAGUUGUCUCUACACCAAAAACAACACUCACUUCUGCAGGAGGUGCCACUACGCUGACCAAAGGGAACAUGCCGACUUCGGGCACGAAAACAAUCAUAGUAACGAAAGCUGGUGCGGGUGGUAUUGGUGCGUCUGCAACGCCAUCACAACACAAGCUGCUUUUCCUUCAACAACAGCAACAACAGCAGCAACAGGCACAAUUAGCGCAGCCCACACAGUCGAUGAGUCAUGCGGCUAUGGGACAUGCCGUUGAGUCGCCGAUAUCGUCGAGCGCGUCAUCGGGCCAAUCCCCUCAACUAGCUGCAAUGAUCGAUUCCCCAUUGCACGCCCCGUCACACUCACCUGGACUCGUUGUUGCGUCGCACCCUCAUGCCCUAAAUCAUUCUGCACAAAUGCAUGGCUCGGUAGCUGCAGUGCAGCGACUGGCCGCUAAUUCGCCCAUACCAGAACAACAUGCAGCCUCAACAAUCUCAACACAAGGAACCACGUAUACACGACCAAUGGCGACAAAUUUGGAUGCUGGUCUGCCGCAAAAUCUGCUCGAUGAAAUGCUCGCAGAAGGAGACGGUGGCUAUGGUGGACAAACGCAGGAGGGCACUGAAGGCACCGCACAACCGGAUGCCCUCGCACAAGCCGUCGGUGAAAUUCUACAAGAUGCACCCGAAACAAGUCCUCCGCAAGCGAUAGGCACAACUGAUCCGUCCGGUUCUCAACAACCGGACUCUGUCCCCGAAAUAAAGACUGAAGAAGGAGCGAGUACUGAAAGCAAACCGAAUGGCACUGGUCAGAAAUCGGAAGUAGGCGAGGACGCCUCGAGUGUCGAGCAAAAACCCGAUGAACUUCCUCCUGUGGCCAACACAACUAUUGCUAGUCGAUCGGAAUCUGACGAUAAGACUGGUAUCAAGGAGGAAAAAGGCGAAUUUUCUCAACUACUAACUGAGGCAUCGGGCAAUGAACAGUCAGCAUCAAAUCUUCAAUCUGAGUCAGUGAGUUCGAUAAAACCAGAACACCAAUCAACUUCUGAUGAGAAGCAAUCCGAUGUGAAAGAAUCGUAUGCUGAUGGAAUACAGUCAAAAUGCGAACCAAUGGAGACGUCAACUUCGCAGAAGGCCGUAGCAGAGCCGACCGGAGCAAAAACGACUGAAACAGUAACCAUGGAAAGGAACAAUGCAGAUUCUGAACCAAAUACUGGACCACUCGCAAGCGCGAGUGCAGAACCGACUGGAUCGAAAAAUGUGUCGAUGAGUCCAACAAGUGCCACUGAAUCGAUGCCAUCAGUUACUAAUGUUAGCAGUAAUAACGGUGAUAGUAAAUGUGAUAAUGAUAACGGGAAUGUUAGUAACGCUAUCAAUACUAAUGGCGAUGGUAAUAUGGAAAAAUCAUGCACAUCUGAGUUGAAUGGAGCAUUGGAUGACUUGAGCACAGCAACGAGCAAUAACACAACAGAGACGAUAUCAGAUCGAGAACCACAACAGCAACAGUCAUGUGCUACCACCAGUGACUCGGGAAUGCAACAAAUACGAGGAUGUGAGAUAGAGCCUCAGGCACAACUUCAAGCGGGACAACCAGAAGAGCCAACACCAUCAUCUGAAGGAGUGGAUAUGCCCAUGGAAUGUCAACAACAACAGCAACAAGGAGACGUGCCGCAACAGUCAAAAAUCCUUGUAACCCAACCUCAGACGCAACCUUCGUCCGUCACAUACGUCAAACUCGACAGUGCAGCUGCAUCUCGAUCUCCUCAGCCGUUCAUUAGACAACAACAGCAACCAUUGCUCCAAUCCCAACAACAAUUAUCAAACACCGCCGUCACUCCUCUCCAAUACGAGGUCGAAAUAAAAGAAGAACCACAGUGGUUCGACGUUGGUAUUAUAAAAGGGACAAGUUGCAUGGUUACACAUUUCUUCCUACCAUCCGACAUGCCACUAGAGGACGCGUAUGGAAGUGCAUAUGACGUUGGAAUGCAUGCCGGACAAGUGGGAUUCCUACGAAAGGCUGAGCUAGAGCCUGGUACCGCCUAUAAAUUCAGAGUGGCUGGAAUCAAUGCUUGCGGGCGAGGUGAUUGGUCUGAGGUGACCGCAUUCAAGACAUGCUUACCAGGCUUUCCGGGUGCACCGUCAAGUAUUAAAAUAACGAAAAUUAUGGAUGGCCGUGUCUCAGAGUAUAGUGUGUACUUGGCUGUUCGCAAUACACAAGUGGGAAGUGAGACACAGCUGGCGUUUGUUCGCGUUUAUGUGGGUCCUGAGCCGAGCUGUGUGGUGUCGUCGAUGAACUUACAUGCAGCACACGUAGACACCUCAUCGAAGCCGGCGAUCAUAUUCCGUAUUGCGGCCAGAAAUGAGAAGGGUUACGGGCCAGCAACGCAAGUUCGUUGGCUGCAAGAAGCUCGUGCAGUAGCAGCGCCAAACAGUAAUGUGCGUCCAUCGUCAAUACCAGUCGUCGGAGAGUAUCAACAUAUUCACGAUGAAUCAACUCGACGUAGUGAUUUGCAGCUGAAAGUGUUAGUUUGA